ACUCGAAGCCAAUUAGUAGAAUCAAUAAUUAAUCGAAGAAAACCGUCGUCAGAGUGGACUCUCUCUCUGUUCAAAUUCUCUUUCCUCAAAACUGAAGGCAUUUACCAAUCGAUCGAAUCGAAAUAGCGUUGAAUUCCUGAACAUACAAUCUAAGGGUUUCUUGUGGGACUUUUCAAGUUGGAAGAAUAUGGCUUUAGCUUCUGAUGAUCGUCAAGCCACCAGCAUCUGCAACCACUGUGAUAGGGCAAUUCCUUCUUUAAAUAUGGACCUGCAUUUUGCUUACUGCUCCCGGAAUCUAGAAAAAUGUAAAGUCUGCGGUGGUAUGGUUCCCAAAAAAUUUGCAGAGGAACACUUUCUUAGCACUCAUGCCCCGGUAGCUUGUUCCCUGUGCACUCAGACAAUGGAACGUGAUAUUUUGGAUGUUCAUAAAGGAGAAAAAUGCCCACAAAGGAUCGUGACGUGUGAAUACUGCGAGUUUCCAUUGCCUGCAAUUGAUUUAUUUAAGCAUCAGGAAGUAUGUGGGAACCGAACAGAGCUAUGUCCUUUGUGUCGCAAAUACAUAAGACUAUGUGAAAGGAAUGGUCACGAAAGUAAAUGCAACGGUGUUGUCUAUAAUGUUGCAGAAUCCUCAAGGAACACGAGGCUACCUGUUAGAGACCGUGGUGGUGCUCAAAGAAGGCCACCACAUGAGAUUUCACCGAGGCUGCUGCUAUAUACCAUUGCAAUCACUGGCAUCGCUGUUCUGUUAGGUUCGCUUUUCUUCCGGAGGAAACCAGGAGAAAACGAAGUGCACUAGUUCUGAAGAAUGCUUAUGCGUUGCUGAUACGUGCCUUCUUUAUUCUGUGUACUCCAUUGUGCCUCAUUCUACUUGUGUUUUUAAUGCUUUUGAGAACGCCUUAUCCUUGUCAAUCAGUGUAUGAGAUGAGAAUCGAUAUUUACUGAGUAAAUAUGAUGUCUGUAAAGGGAGUUGAUAUUUGGUAACAACAUUGUAAUUGUAAUACAAUAAAAUGUGUAUUCUCAAUAAUCAUACCAAUGUAUUCCAUUUACUUGGAUAAUAUAUUCAAUCUUUCUUA